CAGCCCUCCGACACAACCUACGCCACACGUGUCUACAAUGACGCCCCCUCGACUACCUCAAAAUGAGAUGCGCCUACUCUGAAAAUCGUUCGCGUAUUGCCAUUUGUGCCACUACGUUCGACGAGACCGACAUCUUGUAAAUACCGUCCGUCAGCUGCCUGUAGUCGACGCUAUCUGGUCACUACUUAUACAGACGUUACCUCGCGUUCUACUUGUCACUGCCCAAAUUUCACGUUCGCUCUGUUCUGCAUCCGAGGCCGUCUUGCACCCUCGACUCAUACGUGUCCAUCGUCGCGAUUACGAUGGAGACCAUGGGUACCAUCAUUGGUAUCUUCAUAUUGAUGAUCCUUCUGAAAUGGAGGUUCGAUCCGGUGAGCAUCGGUGAGCAUGUCAAUUGGAAAACAACACUGAUACUGGCCCUCUACUCCAUCCCGGCGGUCGGGCCAUCCUUCCCUGUGCUGUCAUACAUAGGUGCUUACCGGUAUUGCACCUAUGCUCGUGCAGUCCUUGAAGAAGGCUAUUCCAAGUAUAACGUCUUCAAAGUCGCCAUGCUCGACCAGUGGCUCGUCAUCGUGAGUGGCGCCGACUUGAAUGACGAGCUAUCCAAGGUCCCGGAGUCGCAUGCAACCUCCCACAAGGCGGCUCAAGACCUUUCCCAACUACGGUACACCUUCUUUGAGAGUGUCGCUGAUCAGCCCAUCCAUAUCACUACCAUUCGCGGCCCUUUGACGAAGAACCUUGGUGUUGUCUUCGAUGACGUCGUAGACGAGGUUCAGGCUGCAUUUGCUGACACCAUCGGGUGCAAGAUGCAGGGUGAUGAGUGGAUUAGCAUAGACCCUAUGACGGUUAUGUCGGUCAUCACCUCUCGCUCCAGCAAUCGUGUUUUUGUCGGUCUUCCCUUAUGUCGGAACGAAGAUUAUUUGAACCUUGUUCGCGGGUUCACCUUUGAUGCGUUAAAUGCGCGUUUCAUACUCAGUCUGUUCCCGAAAUCAAUGAAGGGUAUUAUCGGCCCAUUCAUCCCCUGGGCACGCAAAGCAACUCAGAGGGCAUCAAUGUACAUCCGGCCCAUCAUUGAAGAUCGGCUCAACAAGCUCAGAGAAAUGGGCGGGAAAUGGGCGGACAAACCAAACGAUUACAUCGCGUGGGCAAUGGAAGAGGCUGAGCGACAGGGCCAGCCUACCCAAGUUGUUAUCGAGAGCCUCAUGAUCACGAACUUUGUUGCUAUACACACAUCUAGCAAGAGUAUGACACAAGCGCUAUAUCACCUCGCAGAGAGCCCCGUGCUUGCUGAGCCCUUGCGCGAGGAGGUCGAGGAAGUGAUCAGGGAGCACGGCUGGACCAAGGUUGCGAUGAGCAAGAUGUGGAAGCUCGACAGCUUCAUGCGCGAGUCACAGCGCUUCAACGGCAUCACCCACAUCUCUAUCAUGCGGAAGACGUCGCAAGACACGACACUCUCCAACGGGACGGUUAUACCCGCCGAGACCCUCGUCGCGGGCGCGUCGACGGCGACACAUCAUGACGCGCGCAACUACGAGAAUCCCGCAGUGUUCGAGCCGUUCCGCUUCGCGAAUAUGCGCGCGGAGGACGAUGCGCACAUCAAGCAUCAGUUCGUCAGCACCUCACCAGGAUAUGUGGCCUUCGGGCAUGGGAAAUACGCUUGCCCGGGCCGAUUCUUCGCGGUAAACGAGCUGAAGGUUAUGAUGGCGUAUAUCUUGCUUCACUACGACGUCAAGUUCAAGGCUGGGCAGGAGAUGCCAGAGAACUCGUCGCGCUGGCAUGUCGUCGUCCCGGGACACGCGGACGUGCUCUUCAGGAACCGACACUCCAUGCCUGCUUAACGGACAUUGAGUAUCGGUUGACGUGGUGUGGUGUGUUCCCUUGUAUAUGAGAUGCAUUUGGAUUCGAGUUAUCGAGUGAGCUUCUUUAAUUCUGGGAUGCACAGCACGCGAUCUAGGUUCUGAACUCCAGGGCAUAUGUCACUUGUCUCAGGAAGUGAAAGCCGCAUGCUAUCGCUGGCGCGCAUCGGCCUGUGACCCGCUUGUCUCCAUAGGUUCUCUUCCUGUGCGUCGGUGGCUCGAGCUCAGCCCACAACCUUGAUGUAUAUCGCACAUUAUCUCAUUCCUAAUGAAGUCGAUAC